UGUUUGCUAUUUUUUUUCCAAGCUCUGAAACUCUCUCUUCGGUGAGUGAGAACGUCUCCUUCAACUUCGAGGUAGCUGUUAGCUUAAGGAAUCUGAGUGAGAAGCAAUGGGUGCUGGGAGGAAGACAGAGACCUAUACAUUGGCUCCUGAUGGCCAAUACAUAUCAGGAUAUGUACCUAUGUGCGUGAGGAAUCUUAAGAAGGGAGAUCUUUGUGGGGUUAUAUUUGGUUGCAAGUUCAGCACUAUUAAAGAGUGCUAUGCUAAGAAUUUGUUUGGUUUACCAGCCCCUCACAUGGCAUAUAUCAAGAACAUUGAUCCUGGUUUGACGCUGUUCCUGUUCAACUACAGUGACAGAACACUUCACGGAAUCUUUGAAGCUGCUAGUGAAGGAAAACUGAAUAUUGAUCCCAAAGCUUGGUCUCCAAAUGGGUCAGAUCCAAGUCCAUAUCCUGCUCAGGUAAAGGUACGAGUCAGAGUGCGGUGUGAGCCCUUGCCUGAAGAAAAGUUCAGCCCAGUAAUUGCAGAGAAUUACAAGGAUGAAAAGAUGUUUUGGUUUGAACUAGACCGAGGCCAGACAAACAAGCUGCUCCGUUUGUUUUCACCAUCACCAUCUGUAAGGGCACCUUCAACAUCUAAAGAUGCUGUACCGCCACCCAGAAAACCUAUUCCGGCAUCUUCUCUUGCACAGAUAGGUGACUUAGGAGCAACGCGUGUUGAUAAGUGGAGCAAUCUGUUCAAAUCAUCAGAUGAGUCUACUGAAAACAAAGAAAAGGACUCAAACAAAGGCGCAUGCGGGGCAGGUUCAAGAUUAGUCAAUCUUGAAAGAACUCAACCAUCAAUGUCACAAUCUGGUACAUCUUACUCAUCGGUUCUGAGAAACACGACUGCUUCUUCAACUGUGGAGAAGAAAACUUCUUUGACAAAUGAAGUUUCAUCUCAACCAUGUAAAGGUGUUGAAAAUUCUUGGACAUCUGCUUCACGAGUUCCGUCUUUCCGCCAAGACAGUGGAGGUCUCAGAAAUUGUUCAAAGGAAGGUGAAGAUGUCAAAGUGAAUGCUUAUCAUCAUCAAGAAAAUCUUCAUCCACAACACAAGGGAACAUCUACUAUAGCUAACAAUGGAAUAGGACCUAGCAGUAGCAAGGAAGAUCCUGCUGAAGAUACAUAUUCAGUCAUCGAUUGGGAUGCAGCAUCUUCCUUUCAAGUUCAUCUGGAUGGACUGAACAAGAUUUUGGAGGAUCCUAAGGAUAAAGAUAGUUUCAAGAGCUUUGGGGGUAACAUGGGAGCAGCUUCUUCAUCGAUGGUGCCUAAUUCUUGGGAGGAUGAGAAGAUUUCCUGGGACUUUGAGGAAAGAAGUAUAGCUAAAUCUCCUUGUGGAUCCUCCUAUGUUUCCGCCACUACAGGAGAGGUGGUUGAUGACAUUGGACGUAUGGAUCAUUUCAAGGCGGAAAUGGGAUCUCCCACCUUCGUGGAUAUAUUGACUGAGAUAUUGUCGGAAGUCAAGGAGUUGAAGCAUACUCAGAUGAAACAAGCUGAGAAGAUGAUUACUUUGGAGAUGGAGCUGCUUGAAUCAAGAAGGGAGAUACUUCGGCUAAAAGGGAGCAAUGGAAGUUUUUAAGCACAUGAUAAGCUCGAAUUAAGAACAAAGUGCUUUUCUAGCUACUUCUCUUGUCUUUUGAACAGAUGUGAAAAAAGGAAAAGAAUAUGGAAAUGAUUUGAC